AUGUCAAAAAAAAAAUAUGAACUGGUUAUAGCUGAUAUAGAUAUUAACACAUAUGAAUACAUUAUAAAUAAGAAAAAUGGUAGAUUAGCAAUUGGCUGGGAGUCUGUGCAAAUUCGAAAACAUAUAAAUAUUAUUCAAUGUUACCAUUGUCAAGGUUACAAUCCUAUUGCAAAAAAAUGUCACUUUAAUACUCCUUCAUAUUGCUACUGUUCAGGUGAUCAUUACAGUAAAGAUUGUCAAAAUCACGAAAAAAUUGAUAUUGAAGUAAUGGCUAAUAGUUAUACAACAAUUAUUAAAAAUAACAUAAAUAUGCAAGAGAAGUUUUAUAAAACGAAUAAGGAAAUCAACAACAACAAUCCAUCUAUUCUCAAUAACUGGUUAAGGAAUUCUAAAUACACCGAUACAGUGAAAGAAUAUAAUCAAGAAUGGAAAACAUAUGUUUGGUUUAAAUACCAUAGUUUUAGUGAAAUCCAAAGUAUCAUAAACAUUGAAACAUCAAUUCAAAGUGAUAUGAGUUAUAAUGCUAUGAAAAAUUUAUCACUAAAUGAUAAUAUUUCUUGUUUUUGUGAAUUUACUCCUUUAACUAUGCAAGACUUAAAUGAUAUAGUAAAUCAAUUACAAAACAAGAAUUCAAUGUGUGAGGGUUUAAAUGUCAUUAUAUUCAAAGAAUUUUACUCAUCAUUUUCAAGUAUUCUAUUAAAAAUUAUUAAUUUAUGGUUAAAAAAUGGGAAAGUUCCAACUAAAUGGAAAAUGUCAACAAUCAUUCCAAUUCCAAAGUUAAUGUCGCCAAAGUUACCACAAGACUUAAGACCAAUUAAUAUGUUUCCUACUUAUGAAAAAAUAUUAGAUAUUGCUGUUCACAAGCAGUUGUCAAGAUAUUUUGAAAUAAUGCUAGAUAUUAACAGGGCAUUUAAAACAGUUAAUAGAAAAAUUUUUAUACAAAAGUUACAAGCUUAUAAAGUUAAAGGUACAGUUCUCAAUUGGAUUGCAGACUAUCUUUCGAUAAAAACUCAAGUAGUCAAAAUAAAAGGUGAAGAAUCUGGCGAACUAGUUUGUGAUAUAGGGGUUCUACAGGGUAGUGUACUUGGACCUCUUUUGUUUAUCAUUUACAUGAACGAUAUUGCAUCAAAAAUUGAGAACUCUUUUGUAAAUUUGUUUGCUAAUGAUACAUUGGUUUGUAAUGAGGGCACAAACUUCGAAGAAACUAUUUUUAAAUUAAAUCAAGAUUUAAAAAUACUUUGUAAACGGCUAAAAGCAUUUGCAACUUUAGCCGGUGGUUGCGUUAUGUUUGGUUUUUUUUGUAUAUUUGGUUUGAUUCAAAGUAUUGAAUUAUACGGUGAAGAAGAAAAACGUAUUAAAGACGAAGAAGAAGAUGAAGAAGAAGUAGAAAAAAAAGAAUGA